AUGAUCUGGUGUGAAUCCUGCUUCCUCGUCAACAUGGCCUCCCCCACCGCGGCCAAAGAGCCCCAGCCCGCCAUGGAUUUCCUCCAUCACCCUUACACCCGCGCUGCUCUUCCCUUCGUGAACGGUGGCCUUGCCGGCAUGACCGCCACGGUCGUGAUCCAGCCCAUCGACAUGAUCAAAGUCCGUCUGCAGCUCGCUGGUGAAGGUGUGCGCACCGGUCCUCGCCCGUCUGCCUUUGGCGUGGCCCGCGACAUCAUUGCCUCAGGCAAGGCCCUCGAUCUGUACACCGGUCUGUCCGCUGGACUGCUACGCCAGGCCGUCUACACCACCGCCCGCCUGGGAUUCUUCGACACCUUCAGCAAGACUCUCAACAAGCGUGCCGAAGCCGCCAACCGCAGCGUCACCUUCGCCGAACGUGCCGGAGCCGGUCUCGCUGCCGGAGGUAUUGCCGCCAUGAUUGGCAACCCGGCCGAUCUGGCGCUGGUGCGGAUGCAGUCCGACGGUCUCAAGCCUCCCGAGGCGCGGGCCAACUACCGCUCCGUCAUGGACGCGCUCUUCCGCAUCUCCAAGCACGAAGGUGUCCCGGCUCUGUGGGCGGGUGCUUUCCCCACCGUUAUCCGUGCCAUGGCACUCAACGUCGGCCAGUUGACCUUCUUUGCCGAGUCCAAGGCCCAGCUGAAGAAGCAUACUAGCCUGUCCACUCAGAACCAGACCUUUGCCGCGUCCGCUAUUGCCGGAUUCUUCGCCAGUUUCCUCUCCCUGCCUUUCGACUUUGUCAAGACCCGUCUGCAGAAGCAGCAGAAGGAUCCUAAGACCGGUCAGCUUCCUUACAAGGGCGUCUUGGAUUGCGCGCGCAAGGUCGUCCAGGAGGAGGGCUGGUUGCGGUUCUACCGCGGUUUCGGAACGUACUAUGUGCGGAUCGCUCCUCAUGCGAUGGUGACGCUUAUCGUGGCCGAUUAUCUGAACUUGAUUACCAAGUAG